UGUAACUGUAAAUGUAAACUAAACUAUUGUAUGGAGCCAAAUGGUUCUCUCCUUAGUACUGUUGUAGACUAAAUUUGCUUUCUACUGAGAAUAUGGAAUGGAGCAAGAAAAGCAGUAUCAAAGCUGUCCUCUAUGUAUCUAUGCAAUUAUCUGAUUCAGCUUCUUAUUUUGAUUAUUUUCAACACAAUUGAAAUACAUUUACUGUAAACUGGUUGAAUUGAUGCUCAUUAAAAAUUUCCAUACUACAAUUAUCAGAAUGACUAGUAUAAAUUUUGUAAAUGGUCUUACAUGUGGAUUGUGUACAGGAUAACAUGCCAAAGGAAAUUGCUGACUAUUUAAAUAAGAUGGGUGCGAGAAUACCAAACAUAAAGCCUGGGAAGGCUACCAUAGAGUACCUCUCCAAGGUUCAGGCAUCCACACGAUUUUGGGGGGGGCUAUUGUUAAGUGUUCUGGCCACUGCAUCAAGCGUUCUUGACCACUAUUUGCGGCGUGUCAAUGCUGGAUUUGCUAUUGGUUUUACAUCAGUUCUAAUUAUUGUUGGUUCCAUUAUUGAACUCAGAAGAUCAUAUCAAGCAUAUAAUGUGAUGCCAAGCUUGAGCAAUGCUUUGAGACGAUAUGGCGUAUAACUUUGGGAAAAGCCAUGCUGUCACUCCCCUGAGCCAAUUUAAUUUGAACCUCUGGGAUA